UCGCGCACCUGUUUCGAGCUAGCAGAAGAGAAGAAAAUGGCAAGGAUCCUCCAAAAGUCUGUCUUCAUUCUGGCAGUUUUGCUGCCUUUAAUAUCUGCUUUUGGUCGAUUUAAACACGGAAGGCCAAAACAUGGAAUGCUUGGAGCACCACCGAUAAAAGAGAAGUACAAUCUUCCUCCUAAUAUGUGGUUUGAACAGAAGUUAGAUCAUUUCAACGACGCCGAUCUGCGAACAUGGAAUCAGCGAUUCUUUAUUAACAGUACAUUCUACACUCCCGGGGGACCAGUUUUCUUGAUGAUCGGUGGAGAGGGCGAGGCCAACCCUGUUUGGAUGGUAGAUGGGGCGUGGGUUGAGUAUGCCAAGGAGAUGAACGCUUUCCUCAUCAUGUUGGAGCAUCGUUUCUACGGAAAGAGCCAUCCUACAGAGGAUAUGAGUGUUGAUAACUUGCAGUACCUUAGCAGUGAACAAGCCCUCGCCGACUUGGCUCAUUUUAGGACAGUUAUUGGACAACAGAUGAAACUGGACAAGAACAAGUGGAUCUCAUUUGGAGGAUCAUAUCCAGGUUCUUUGUCAGCAUGGUUCAGGCUGAAGUACCCUCAUCUAGUGGUUGGGGCCAUUGCCACCAGUGCCCCCGUUCAAGCUCAACUGGAUUUCCCAGAGUAUUUGACGGUGGUACGUGACUCCCUAGCGACCAGUCGUGUGGGGUCAAAGUGCAACGAUGCGAUCCAGAAGGCAACCAACGAUAUCGACAUUCUAAUGAUGCAUAUGACAGGGUGGCAGACUCUCACCAAAAUUUUCAAUCUUUGUAGUCCACUAAACGGCUCAAGUAUAAAUGAUGUGGCAAACUUCUAUGAGACUAUCGCUGGAAACUUCAUGGAGAUUGUGCAGUACAACAAGGAUAACAAGGGUUUCGAGGGUGGUAGCAACAACGUCACCAUCGAUACCCUUUGUGACAUCAUGGCUAACGAAUCACUAGGAACGGAACUUUCACGUUACGCAGCCGUGAGUGCGCUAUUGAGCGACGGAGAAUGCGUUGACGCAUCGUACGAGAAGAUGAUCGCUGAUAUGAGGGAGACCUCUUGGGACAGUGAGGCGGGGGUUGGAGGGAGACAGUGGACUUACCAGACAUGUACAGAAUUUGGCUUCUACCAGACCACUGACACUGAUCAACAACCGUUUGGACAACACUUUCCUCUCAGCUUCUCCAUUCAAAUGUGUGAGGAUAUCUAUGGCAAGCAGUUCAACAAAACUACCAACCAGGCUGGCGUAAACUUUACGAAUACAAACUACGGAGGAAGAGAAAUUGCAGCUUACAAUAUUGUAUUCCCCAACGGAUCUAUCGACCCAUGGCACGCUUUAGGCAUCACCAAGUCAACAGAUAUGUACUCUGCAAUCUUCAUAAAUGGUACUGCUCACUGUGCCAAUAUGUACCCUCCAUCGCCGGACGAUCCACCCCAGCUAACUCAGGCCAGGACUCAAAUCAAAGACACCAUACAGAAAUGGCUCUCCCAAUAAUGCAUGGGUAAUUUCACAAGAUUGAGGCCAUAAUUGUGACGUAACGUUUCUUAGAAACCAUGUCUUAUUUCACCAAUCAAAUAUCAGCCAACAACCACUCAUACAUAUACAUGUACUAGCAAUGGUCCCCGUUUGUGGAAUUCAAUCCCAUCGGACAUUAAGUUGUGCCAGUCAAGAGAGCUAUUCCACAAAAAAUUAAAGACUUUCCUCAUGAGGGAAGCAUUUCCUUAACUGUUGUGUAAUAAGGCCGAAUUGUUAUUUUGACUACCAACUUUAACUGAUUGUGUAUUUUUCUUGUCAGUUUGUUCAAUUUUUGUAUAUUUAUUAAUUUUAUUUCUGUUUUAUAUAAGUUGUUAAUUAUGCCCCUUGAGUGUCAUCGACAGAUAUGUGCGCUAUACAAAUCCUUAAUUAUUAUUAUUAUUAUUAAUGAAGAUACUGAUAUUAUAUUUUCUUAUGUGUCACCCAACACUGACAUUUUUUUUUGUGAUAUGCUUCCCAGAAGAUGAAAAGAUGUCUUCCUCAACAAAUAGUGAUAUAAAUUAGAAUUGUGUCUGCGAUAGUAUUAAAUCGCAAAUUGAAAUUGACAUUACCUUUUAAACGAGACUACUGGGCAAUUCUUUCUCGAAUGACCUCCCAGAUUAUUGGAGAUCGAGGCUUCAGUCACCCCAAGGAAACUGGCCCCUAAACGACCGAUGGUAAGUCAUUGGAAAUAGUGGAAUAGUUUAGUCGGUCUGGAUUCGGUUUUUGCUUUUGUGACUACAGCAUAUUGAUAUUUGUAUGCAGGGGUGGAUCCAGGAUUUUUCGAUAAAGGUGGCACAUUUUCCGAAGAAAAAUUUUACAAACCAAAGAAAAAAAGAUAUAACAAAAAAUUAAGGGGAUUUUGUCCACGAAAUAAUUAAAAAAAGGUCUUCACUGACAAAGGGGGGGGUCACUCUGUUUUAACGAUAUUUUUACAUUACAAAUUUUAAUUAUGCCGCUCAAAAGGGAUGGGGGCACGGGCAGGCAGUGCCCCCCCCCCCUGGAUCCGCCAGUGUUUGUAUGUUUGUGUAUAUUGCAAAUUUAUUCUAAAUAAGAUGAAAUAUUGUGCAUUAUUGGACUUUAAAGAGGCUAGGUAAAAUAAGAAAUGUUGUAAAGCUGCAUGUAGCAGCACCCAGUUUCAGGUUGGUGUUUCAUAAAGCUAUUUGUAAAUAACAAGCGAUUUUACAAAUGACUGAUGAUCCUUUCUUAGGAACUACAUCAACACCGAUGAAAAUCUGGUGUGCAUUGCAUCGUUUCCCUCAAGAAACGAUCACCAGCCGUUCGUUAAGUCGCCUGUAACUGACAAACAGCUUUACGAAAUGGCCACCAGGUGUAUCAACACCUACACCCGAAUUCACAAACGUGGUUUUGAAAACCCACGGUUGAGUCCUUGGUUAAUGCAGAUUUCCUGUAUAAAUUACGCUUAAUUUA